AGAGUGCGAAACAUUUGCCCUUGAAUAAUAUAUCCUGGUUCCUCCAAUUGCAGUUAGGACGGUAGGCAGAAAAAUCAAACGGAAACAAAGCUGCUGCUAUGAAUGUGAAUCAAGAAGACGGCCCCAUCGCCGAUUCCCAGGCCGCCGGGGUCGACUCAGAGCAUGGUGGAGCUGAGUCGGGACUCGGUGGUGCUGAUGCUGAUGGUGGUGGUGGUGGUGGUGGUGGUGGUGGAGGGAGAGUGAAGGGGCCGUGGUCGCCGGAAGAGGACGCGGUGCUUAGUCAGUUAGUGAGCAAGUUCGGGGCGAGGAAUUGGAGCCUGAUCGCGCGAGGUAUUCCCGGUCGUUCUGGGAAGUCGUGCCGCCUCCGAUGGUGUAACCAGCUCGACCCUUUUCUCAAGCGCAAGCCUUUCACUGAUGAAGAGGAUCAACUCAUUAUUCAAGCCCAUGCUAUCCAUGGGAACAAAUGGGCAUCAAUUGCAAGGCUUCUGCCGGGCAGAACAGAUAAUUCAAUCAAGAACCAUUGGAAUUCUACACUAAGGCGCAGAUGUGCAGAGUUUGGGAGGAUUAUGCCAAAAUCAGUUGAUGUUGCAGAAGAUGGUAGCCUCGACAUAGCAAAGGCAUCCUCAGAGGAUGACAGACCCAAUGAGCUUGAAAAUAGAACCCAGACAAAUGGUCAUCUGGCAUCUAUACAAAACAGCAAUCCUACCCCUUAUCGUCCGGUGGCACGUUUAAGUGCAUUUACUGUCUAUAACCCUCCAGGUGGCCUGACAAAUGACUCUCUGUUUUCAAGGACAACCCCAACUCAGGGACCUUUGGUAGAAGCUUUUAAACCAGACUUGGGAAUUUGCAAAUAUAUAGAAGAUGUUCAUGGUGAGCCUAUUAUUCCUAUGCAAUGUGGUUAUGGUUGCUGUACAACCUCAAGUGGAUGUCAUUCUCAAAGUUCAUUGUUAGGUCCUGAAUUUGUGGAAUACGAGGAGCCUCCCUCUUUUUCAACUCAUGAAUUACUCUCCAUAGCUACAGAUUUGAACAACAUUGCAUGGAUUAAAAAUGGACUUCAGAAUGGUGACAUUAGUUUACCAGGCAACAGAGAUGGCCAGAGAAUGUCUCAAGGGGAUGCCACAGGCACCCAACCAAGAAUAUCUGAUCACAACAUACAGACUGACCACCUGCGCUUUGAGGAAGGACGCAAUAAAUUGAUGGGCAUGAUGACAGAAGUUCUUUCCACCGAGAUGCCUAGACAAGCGUAUUGCAAUGCAAGCUGAACUGCAGGGCUGAGCUUAACUUCAUGGUCGAUUCUCUUUCUGAUUGUGGGAUUGCAUUCUUGAAGGACUAUACGAUCAAAAUUUUGAGUAUGUCAUGUUGGCUACAUUAUAUAAGGUAAGGAAUAUAAUUUCUUGAAGGGGCUCCUCACUCCUAGCAAAGAUUGUCGUUUUUGUCAAUAUAGUAAUCAAAUAUGUUCUGAAAGCAUUUUGGACCUCAUCUAGUUAUUCAAACUUGUUCACAAUUGAUCAGGGAUACUUCUUCUUUUCUCAUAAUUUGCAUGGCUGAUAGUUUUGUCAAUUUGAUUUUUGUUUUUUAGGCAGAGUAGAGUAAUUCUUUGACAUUGUUUCUGCCGAAAUAUGUAUGAGAUUGCAUAUGGGAUUCUUAUUUAUGUCUUGAUAUAAAUUUGUCAUCUGGUCCUCUUGAUGGGGGUCUCA